ACGCAGUGUGACGUUUUUGUUGUCCAACUUUAAACAAAAAAUAAACUCCGCGAAAGUCAUUUUGUCUCGCCUCGCGUCAGGAAAGUGAAGCUGCAUGUGAUUUCACCAUUCAUGGCUUUCCGUGUUUGUCACACUUAUUACAAUGUCUUUCUAGAGGUUAUAACUCAGUAAAGGCGUGUUUUAAAUGCUGAACAGACCGCGGAGACGUUUUGUAGUUUCAAAACAAGAAUGGUCAAACAUGCGGUGUUGUCUUCAGGAACAAAACUGUGGAGAUCUUUGGCUUGUGCAAAGUCAGAACUGCGCCUGGAUCUCACUCUAGCCUGCGGACAGUCUUUUCGCUGGAAAGAAACCGCAGAAGGACACUGGACUGGAGUGAUGGGAGGAAGAGUGUGGACUCUGACUCAAACGGACGACACUCUUUGGUACUACCUCUACACAAAGCAGAACAAUCAGAGUGGAGGUGAUGUUUCCCUUCAGGACAACAACAAAAGGGCUGACAGAAGGUCUAAAGAUGAUCAGAGGAAGGAUGAGGAGGAGCCACAGGCUGUUAGUAGCCAACAGGACAGUGAGAUGGAGGCAGAGGUGAUGCUGAGAGACUAUUUUCAGCUGCACGUCAAGCUGGGGGAUCUGUACAGAGAGUGGGGGGAAGCAGAUCCACACUUUAAGAAGAUUGCAGACAUUUUCACUGGUGUACGGAUUCUGCGCCAGGACCCCACUGAAUGCUUGUUUUCCUUCAUCUGCACAUCCAACAACCACAUUUCGCGUAUUCAGGGAAUGGUGGAGAGAUUGUGUCAGGCUCUGGGCACGCCACUUGGCCAGCUGGACCAAACCGCCUACUAUGACUUUCCUACCCUCUCUUCACUAGCAGACUGCAGUGUAGAGGCAUGCCUCAGGGACCUCGGCUUUGGUUAUAGAGCUCGGUUCCUUCAGCAGAGUGCAAAGCAGAUUCUGGACUCUCACGGGCUCCAGUGGCUCGAAGGUUUACGCCGAGUCUCGUACCUGGAGGCCCGUGAUGCUCUUCGGACUCUUCCUGGUGUUGGCACUAAGGUGGCAGACUGCGUAUGUUUGAUGUGUCUGGAUAAGCCAGACGCCGUUCCCGUGGACACACACGUGUGGCAGAUUGCUCAACGGGACUACAAGUAUGCUGCCGAUAAAAGACAAAAGAGUCUUACAGAAAAAGUUCACAGAGAUAUUGGAGGUUUCUUUAGAAAACUUUGGGGACCGUAUGCUGGCUGGGCACAUUCUGUGCUAUUCUGCGCUGACCUCAAGAAGUUUCAAAGCCUCAAAGAAAAGGCCUGUUUUAACCAGCUGGAGACAGAGGAAGAAGAGGAGAAGUGCAGUAAGACAGAAAUAAAGAGAGAAUUUGAUGGACGUGGACUAAACAUGAUGUCAGAAAAUCAGAAAAAGGCAAAGAUGUGUGUCAAAGAAGAGAACACUGUAAGAUAAACGAGCUUCUAAUCAGAUCACACUUUUUGUUUAUUUAACUCUAUCAGAGCAUACACUGAAAUGAAAUGUUGGGUGACUUCCCGUUUAAACCUAACAUAAAGCAGUUUAUAAUUGUAAAUUUACAGUUUCUUGUAACAUAACUCAUUGUUUUUAAAUAAUUUAGCAGCUAGAAAUAAAACACUGGAUUAUUGUUUUAUUAUGAGUGAAUAAACAGAUUUUUAAAUGGUAUUUUGUAUUUAGAUGAUAGAUUUUUUUAAUAAAUCAUUUCUAAAACGAGCCUCUAGGUGGCAGCAUUUACCAAAGCAAAAGGACAACAGUGGGUCAUUUGGAACAGGUUUGCCUUUAUAAUAAAUUGUAUUAGUCUCCAAAAUGAAUUGUUCUUCAAGCGUUUUUGCUCAUGUUUUACCAUGUACCAACACUUCAUGCCAUUUUAAUGCACAUGUAAGGAUGCGUUCUUGUGCAUCGGAAUAUUGGAUCAUAAGCAGCCGUUGGACUGAGUGGUUGUGAAGUGUCAAAGUGACUGUAUGUUUAUCUAUAGGCUCUGGCAGAGUGUGUCAGCUGAUCUUUUUAGAGCAGGGACUGCAGUGAUCUGCUGUCAGUGCUUGGGGCUGCUGUGACUGUCUCUGGUCACAACAUGGCCACAUCUCCUGGGGGUGUCUGACGCACUGCUGUCUCUUUUAGAGGAAUGACUGAGCAGGAUUUUAAUUUCUUUUGAAUAUACUGAGAUUAAUUAUUCUUAUUUUUCCCAAAUGUGGCAGCAGCACACAAGGCCAUCCAAUCUUAAUCUGGGCAAUGUUUGCUGACAUGUGAGCCCAUGCAUUAUAUUUGUGGUUGGGUCUGUGCGCGGCUGUCUUCCAUCCGUGGACGUGUUUUAUUUGUGGAACAGAGUGCAGCCAUGUGAGAUAAUGAACAUGUGAAUCAGCUUUCAUCCCAGUGAAGCUAAACGGAAGCUGGGGCCCAGCUUCAGGGCAGAGUCACCGUGAAGGAAGGAAAGCGAGAUAUAAAAAUAGACAAAAGAGAAAAUAAAAAGAGAACGAGGGAUGGGUCUGCAGGAGGCAGAAACAAGAAUAACAGCAAACACACAAAGAAGAGUGAAACACAAGUGGCUUGUGAGUAAUGUAAAAGAUGAGUUUCCACCCUUGGGCUUGUUUCAGUCGAAAGGAUGUCUCAAUGUGGAAACUUCACUAAAAUAAGAGUGUUGUUACAUGUAACAGGCACUGGUGGCGCUCUGCCUUUGGAACUUCUGGUUGAUGACAGCUUGAUGAGGCAGUUCUGUGGUGGCCAACCUAAAAUUGAAAGGAUUCCUUUAAAAAUGGGUCGAAUGUAAAAAUUCACAUUUCACAACUUCUUUUUAAUUCAUUGUGUAGUAAGAUUUGUUGAAAGUCUCUGUUUUCUAAUUUAUCUAUCAUAAUUAAAUACCAAUAACACUUUC